GGGGUGAGGAGGUGAGGAAGGGGGGGGACGACGCCCCAGGGAGCAUCCCCGGGACUCGGCUCCCGCCCCUCCGGGGGGAUCCAAGGGCGCCGAGCGGGGAGGAGCAGGGAGAGGAGAUGGUUCCUGAACAGGGACUGACCUGCGGGAGAGCCCGGCUCAGUCCCACCGGGAGGGAAAGGGAGCUGGGGAGGGAGCUGGGAAGUAAGUCAGAAGGCAAGCCAGGAAUUGAGCAGGGAAGUGAUCCAGGUAUUGAGCCAGGAAGCAAGUUGGGAAAUGAGCUGCAAAAUGAGUUGGGAAGUGAGUUGGGAAGUGAGCCAGGAAGCAAGCUGGGAAGUAAGUCGGGAACUAAGCCAGGAAUUGAGCAGGGAAGUGAUCUGGAAAGCAAGUUGGGAAGCAAGCUAGGAAAUGAGGCAGGAAGUGAGUGGGCAAGUGAGCUGGGAAGCAAGCUGGGAAAUGAUCUGGGAAUGGAGCUGGGAAGUGAGCCGAGCUCUCACGACCCUGGGAAUGUGGCUGAAACACUGAGCAGCCAUUCUGAGAAGGAAACACUUGCCCCAAGCACCGGGGUCUCCCCAGGGAUUUCCAAUGCCCAGAUGGCAGAUGAUGGAUGUUCCCAGAGCACGGAGAAGGAUUUGGCUGGUGGAAGCAUGAGCAGGGAGACCAAGGGGAACAGCGAAUCCAUCCGGACCCUCAGUGUCACCUCGAACCUGGGGCUGCUGAUGACAGCGAGUGAUGCAGAGUCCGAAACCUCCUACUCUUUCUCCUCGGUCGCAAAGAUUCAGGUGGAGGAGAACUACAUCCCUGAGAGGCAGGGGAAGGACAAGGACAACCGGAUGGUCCCCGGGCUCAGAGGCAAAGUCUAUGACUACUACGUGCAGUCCAUCUCCGAGUCGGUGCUGAAGAAGAAAUGUCUCCCCUACAUCCCUCCGGGAAUAUCCCAGUGUCGCAGCUCCGAGUGGGUCAAUGAAGAGCUGCAGAGCUUUGCAACCCAGAACCAGGACCCAGCUUUGGCAGCACGUGAUUCCAUCACCUCCUCCACAGUCCCACCACCCACGAGGAGCUCAGAAGCCUCUCCUGAGCCACCGUCUCCCGGCCGCAGGAACAGCAUCCUCCAGAUCGCCGACAGCCCCCACCUCCAGCUGCCCAUGGAGGGGUUUGGGGUCACAGCUCCAGCUGGAACACCACCACCUGGAAGUCCCCAGCCAGGACUGGUGGCGAGUCCUGACCCCACCCAGCUGCCACCAGACACCCCCCUGGACCUGGGGAACUGCUACGAGGUGCUCAGCACAGCCAAGGCACAGGGGCUCAGAGCCCUCCAGGAGGCUGCCUACAGGGUGAUGAGUGACAACUACCUGCAGGUGCUGAGGACACCCUCCAUCUACGGCCGCCUCAACGCCGGCGAGCGGGAGCUGAUCCUGCGACGGAGGAUGGAGGGGAAGAUGUUCGUGGUGGUGGCAGAUGUCAGUGGGCUGGAGCCCGACCUCUGCCCCGGCCGCCUCUGCUACUAUGACGAGGGAGGGGACUGCUGGCACCACCUCUGCCAUGUGCCACCGGAGGUGCUGUCCCGGUGCUGUGCCACGUGCAGCAUGUUCAACUACCUCUUUGUGGUGUCUGGCUGCGAGGGCGUGGGCCAGGCACGGAGACCCUCCAACCGUGUCUUCUGCUACGACCCCCUGACCGACGUCUGGAGGGAGAUCUGUCCCCUGAACCAGGCGCGGCCACGCUGCAAACUCGUCGCCCUGGACGGGCACCUGUACGCCAUCGGCGGCGAGUGCCUAUGCACGGUGGAGCGCUACGACCCCCGGCGCGACCGCUGGGCCUUCGUGGCGCCGCUGCCCCACGACACGUUUGCGGUGGCCCACACGGCCACGGCGUGCCACGGGGAGAUCUACGUCACCGGGGGCACCCUGCGCUACGUCCUGCUGCGCUACAACCCCCGCUGGGACAGCUGGAGGGCCGUCCCGGCCGUGGGCAGCAGGGACGGGACGGCCGAGAUGGUGAGCGCCGAUGGCUUCAUCUACCGCUUCGAGCGGCAGCGCGGCACCGGCGUCAGCGUCCACCGCUGCGGCGCCGGGGCCAGGCUGUGGUACCGGUGUGCCAACUACGCCCUGCCUGACCCACCCGGCUUCCAGUGCGCCGCCAUGGGCAGCCUGGUCCACUGCCUCGGCCGCCGCCUCCACCUUCGCUUCCUGGCCGACCACAUCUCGCCGCGCUUCGGGGCCAAGGAGCUGCAGCCCUUCCCCGUGCCCCACGGCAGCCUCCUCCCGGCCGUGCUGGUGCUGCCGCAGGGAGGGACGGCACAGACUCGGGUCUGAGCGGCCGUGGUUUGGUCCCGUGAGAUGACCGGUGGUGGCUCAGGUGUGAUGUGAUGGUCAGAGCCGGGAGGAGAAGCCACCAGCCCACUUUGCACUGUGUCACCCCCACCCUCCAUCAAACAGGGACUGAGCAGGGAAACAAACUGCCCUUGGCCACUGCCAGGAACCCCAGCCUUGAGGAUACAAGGAAGAGCAAAGCAGGAGCUGGGCGGGCUCGUUGGUGAGAGGUGUUUAAACACAGGUGUGUUUGCUUGGAUGCAAAUAAACGCGGAUCCCUGCAGGCUCCCAGCUGCUCACUGCCCCUGGAGUGGCUGCUCAGGCACCAGGUGUUCAAUAUUGACAUGGACACGCAGCACAUGGUGGAUUUUAGGGUGGAGGAACAUGGCAGGGAGGUUGGAUCUCAAGGGAGGUACCACCCAAAGGUCAGCCCUAUCAGCACUGAGCCUUCAGGUUUGAUCUCCCACAUCCCCCUAGGGUUGGAGCUUUGGGGCUGGGGGUGCCCUGCUCCUACCGGUGCCUUGUUAUCCCUUACCUUCUCCUCAGAAUGGAAUUAUAUAUAUAUAUAUUUAUAUCUGUCUAUGUAUUUAUAUGCACGUGAUGUAAAUAGGCACUAUGGAUUUCUAGACAGCUGGUUUUAAAUGAAAUUAAAGAGAACAUUUGGUAAAAUUAA